CUCAGGACGGUGGUCUUUGUUUGUGAAGAAAAGAUCGGUCGUUCGUUUUGUGUGCGCCGUCAACAUGGCAGACUUAGUUGGGGAAAGUCAAAGCAAGACGGCUGGAAUUAUAAGCAUUUUUAUUUUGAUAUUUGGAUUUAUCAACACUGUUACAGGGUUUGUUUACAUCGGGUAUGGAGGAACAGACGGUAACGGUGUGUGGAUCGGGAUUCUCCUUCUGAUGAAUGGAAUCCUUGGCAUCAUAACAUGGGUUAAACGUAACAAGGUCGCGAUGAUAUUUUUCAUGGUGCUAUGUAUCUUGAACAUCAUCCUGUGCAUCGUUCAGACCAUCCUCGCUGCCAUUGGCUUCUUUAUCUGGCAAGUGCUGAAAGGGAUAAUUUCCACCAAGUGUCGAAUCAAGGAUGACCACUGUGACUGUGGAUCCGAGAAGGUUCCUGUUGAAUUGGAGGAUUGCUCGUGGAUCAGUACCUUCGAGAACAUGUUUCUCCUGUUUAUUAUCGUUAAUGGCAUUUGCUCGCUGUUCGUCUUCGCUGGAUCCAUCAUAGGCUGUAUCGCGGCUUGUUGCUCUAACGAACCACAACCGCCAAGCAAUACCGUGGUGGUGCAACAGCAGGGUGCCAUGGUAACCACGGGAGCUUAUGGCGGAGGACAGACUAUGGUGGUUAGUGGCGGCCAGCCGAUAGUGAUAGGCGGCGCAGCAGGGGCUCAGCCCACGGCCGUGACCUACACCACCACAUCCUACGCCCAGCAACAGCCACCAGCCUACCCGCAGCCCUUACCGGGACAAGCGUAUCCCCCCGCACCCCUCCCCGCCAAGGCUGAACCCCCUCCGCCCUACCAGGGUGCCUAUCCUCCCAACUCGCAGCCUGAAUCCGCUAGUGGCAUGUAGAGUGUAUUUCUACGGGCGCAUCUAGGGUGGGCCGACAGCCUCCACCCCCCUUUUCCAGAUAUUUGGCUUGAAAAUAACAAGAAAACACAAGAAAACCCAGCACGGAAAACAAUAACACCGGACCCCUCUUUUUUGAAACUCUUACUUCGCCCCCCUUUCUCGGAUUUGUGGAUUCGCACGCAUAUUAUUUAACUCAUCCGCCGGUUGUGUAUUAUGAUGCCUAUCUUCUUGUUAACAACCUGCUGCUAGUGGCAUUUAGAGUUUAUUUCCUUUUGUUAAGACCCACCAAGAGUUCCAUGGUUAUUCUGGUAGAAAUCCUCUGUUGUACUUGAUUCUCGACGAUAAUAUAAUAAUAAAAACCGUUUUAGCAGCAUUAAAAAAACUCAGUGCUUUUACAUUCAAGGCUUUUAAAAUGACACUGGUGUGACUCAGAAAAUAAUAUUUAAUCAAUUGUGUAUAAUUAUGCUGAUGUUGUGAAAAUUUGCUAUAAAUAAAAUAGCCUCGUGGGUGACCUGUCCCGCACAAUCUA